AUGGACUGGUGGCGGCAGCAGAUUGGAGCGUGCUUGGACUCGGUGGCCACGCAGCUGCCGCAGCUGCAGACCUCGCUGUCCCAGCUGGGGCACAGCAUGGGCGAGUGGGUGGGCCACCUGGGCGCGGGCGGCGGCGCGGCAGGCGCGUCUGCCAUCGGCCAGGAGUACGAGCUGGGCGCCCGCCGCCUGCGGGUGGUGCGCCAGCUGGGCGAGGGAGGCUACUCCUUUGUCUACCUGGUUCGGGAGGGCGCGGGCAGCGGCGGGCUGCUGGCGGCGCCAGCGGGCACAGGUCUGUUCGCGCUCAAGCGGGUGCUGUGUGGCGGCCCAGACCAGCUGUCGGAGGCGCAGCAUGAGGUGGCGACCAUGCGGCGCCUGCGCCACCCCUGCCUGCUGCCGCUGCUGGACGCGGCGGUGCGCGAGCAGCGCACGCCCGACGGCGGCAGCCGCCAGGUGGUGCUCAUGCUGUUCCCAGUGUACGCCCAGGGAAACCUGUUCGAUUUCAUCCAGGAGCAGCGCCAGCAGUGGCAGCGGCUGGCGGCGGGCCCGGCGAGGGCCGCGCUGCGCCGGCAGCAGCUGCGGGAAGUGCUGCAGCUGUUCCUGCAGGUGUGCGCCGCGCUGCACAGCAUGCACAGCAUGGAGCCGCCGCUCGCGCACCGAGAUGUCAAGCCCCAGAAUGUGCUGCUGAGGCUGCGGCAGGAGCCCGACGGUGGCGGCAGCGGCGGCGGCGGGGCUGGGUCGGCAGCCCCGCAGCAGCAGCAGCAACAGCCCCGGCAGGGCGAGCGACAGCAGUGGGAGGCUGGGGAGUGGGGCGGGGGUGGCAGCGGCGGUGAUGCGCCAGGCAGCGCGGUGGUGGCGGUGGAGGAGGAGGGGCAGCAGGCGCAGGCGCGGUGGUGGCAGCGGCGGCUGGCGGCGUGGCGGGAGCGGUACGAGGCGGUGCUGAUGGAUUUUGGCAGUACACGUACCGCACGUGUGGUCGUGCGCAACCGGUCCGAGGCGAUGUCAGUACAGGAGGAUGCUGAGCGCCAGUGUACCGCACCGUACCGCGCCUCUGAGCUCUGGGACGUCCCUUCCUUCUGCGCCAUCGACGAGCGGGUGGAUGUGUGGUCGCUGGGGUGCCUCCUGUACUUCCUGGUGUGCGGGCAGAGCCCCUUUGAGCGCGCGGCGGGCGAGGCGGGCGGCAGCCUGAUGCUGGCGGUAGUCAACGGGCGGCUGAGCUGGCCGGACGACGCGGCAUCCAGCUGCCCCGCGGGCAUCAAGCAGCUGGCGGCCGCCUGCCUCGACACCGACCCCGCCACCCGGCCCGCAGUCGCCGAGGUGGCGGCGCAGGCGGACGCCAUCCUGGCCUCCCUGCCAACCUGA